AUGCACUUUUUUUUACAGGCUUUUCGUACACUGGAGCAAAUUGAAUCAGAAUUAGAUGUUGCCCGACUACAGACAGCAGCAUUAGCAGCACUGAUUGGUCCGGCAACAGCAAAAAUGUUCCAGUUUGACGAUGCAUCUAACUCUUUUGAAUCCAGUAGCCCAAUAUUACUUCAACAUCUCAGAAAAUAUGAUUACAGUGAUAAUGAUGAUGAUGAUGAUGAUGAUGAUGAUGAUGAUUCUGUUGUCGUUGUUGUUAUGGUUGCCGCUGUUGCUGUUGUUGUUACAGUUGCCCAGUUAAAAUUUACUUUAGCCUAA